AUGGUCAGUAAGAGAGGUACAAUAGGAAGGGAACUUGAUGGGAUAGCUGUAGGGAUUGGAGUACUGCCUUUAUAUAUUGGAAAUGAUCAUUGCUAUAGGAAUAGAGGUUGUAUCGGUUUAUGCGAUACCAAAUUAUAUAAAGCGACUGCUGCCUAUUAUGUCUAA